UCUGCGGUCCCUCCCAGAGCAGCUGGAUUUUAGGGCCUGGGCAGCUGCUGUUGCCUGGCAAUGAGCUAUGUUGCUCCCCCCUUUUCUGGCCUUUCUCUGCAUUCCUGCCUUGCAGCUGAGCGCCCAGCCAGCCGUGACUUCUCUCAGCUAUAUCUUUAUCACAGACAGCCAGGCCAAGGAAGCCCCCGCUGAGCCCCUGAACGUGCCUGCUGCCCUGCUCUCCUAGGCCUGGUCGUGAUCCUGAUCCGGAGCCCAUUCCCUAACUAUGGCCUCUCCUUGCUCAGCUGUCCUGCUAGGGGAUUCAGCUGCCUUUGCUGCCGCCCUCAGGACUCUCAUCAACAACCCACAGUUCAGUGAUGUGACAUUUCUGGUAGGCAGAGAGCAGAAGGAAAUCUUUGCCCAUCGCUGCCUCCUCACUUCCCGCUGCCAGGCACUCCAUGCAAUGUUAAGCCAGCCCCAGGAGAUACAAGCCCCACUGAUCCUGAGCCACGUGCAGCCAGAGGUGUUCCUCGCAGUCAUUGAGUAUCUGUACACCAAUAAUGUCACCCUCAACAACAACAUUGCCCUGGAGGUCCUGACUUCAUCCAUAGAGUAUGGGCUGGAUGACCUCAGAAAGCUAUGUGUUGAAUUCAUCAAGGACACACUGAGUGUGGAUCAGGCCUGUGAGGCCUUUCAGGCAGCUGUAGCAUAUGGGCAGGUGGAUUUGCAGAUGCAUUGCCUGGCUUUCAUCGAGAGUUGUACUCAGGAUGUGGUGCUAACACGUGGCUUCUUGGAAUUGUCGGAACUGGCAAUGCAAACUAUCUUGCACAGUGACUGUUUGGCCAUCGAUGAGGUGAAGCUGAUUCGUGCUGUUCGGGAAUGGGCUCAUGUUGGAUCUGCUGUUCUAGACAGGACUGUCCACGAUGUGGCGGCAACAGUGGUGCCAGGGCUGCGUCUGGAUCUGCUGUCACCAAGUGAGCUGACCACGCUGGAGGAGGAGAACAAGAAGGACCAAAUGAUUCCAGUGGAAAGCCUGGCUCAGGCCUGGAAGAUACAUGCACUACGGAAGGGGUGUGGAAUGCGGUCCUCCUUGCGCCAGCGCCGGCGUGGAACACUGUCGCGGGAACAUCAACGCCCCCUUGACCCACAGCACAAGUGACAUGGUGACACCUGAAUAAGAAGGGGGUAAUACUUCCAUGCCCAGCCCAUCCAGCUUUGCUCAUGUUGGCACUGGGAACUUGCAGCUGCUGCUUUGAAUGCCUUGGGGGCGCCCUGCCUGGAGCCUGAGCCUUACAGUCAAUUGACAGAGAGAGGUAGGGGAGAGUUCCAUUGUGUAAGGGGGAAAGGCCUGGUUUCCAUCAGAGGU